UCGAAUAAUGAUGAAAUCAUCAUAUUUGUUGUUGAUGGUAUUAUCAUUAUCAUCAUCAAUUAUUAUAACGAUUGUCGAUUCAGAUACUAUUAUUACUACUACUACUACUACUACUAGUACCGGUACGGGUAUAAAAAACAAAUUUCAUAAUGAUGAUAAUAAUGAUGAUGAUGAACAGCAUCCAUCAAGACAAAUUCUUCAUAAUCUAUUACAUGGUAGAGAUGAAAAUUUUGGUAAAUUAAUCAAAUGGAAUAUACCGAUGUCUGUGUUGAAAGAAUCCACACAAAUUGAUUGUGGCGCCACUAAAGAUCUAUUGGAAGAAAAUACAAUAGCAAUUUCAAUUUGUGAUAAUCAUAUAUUUCAAUUUCAUCGAGAUUUCAAAGUAACCAUUUAUCCACAAUCACGGCAAAAAUAUUCACUACAUCCGGAUCGUUUACAUUUAAUCGAUGGUUAUCAAGUGGAUUUAGAACGUAUUGCAUCAGAAAUGGUCAAAAAUGGUGGUUUUCGUGAACGAUCACAAUUUAUUAUGAAUUAUUUGCCUACAAAUGGAUCACGAUUAUGGAUGUCAUUAACACGUCCGGCACAUGGUUUCGAAUGGCGUGCACGUAUUAUGGUUGCCGAUUAUCAAUCAUGGAUGUGUUCACAACAUGCUAACCACAUUGAAACUGGACCAGAAUUUCGUUUUGAAUAUGAAAUGAAUGAUCAACGUAUUCGUACUAUACCAAUAUCGGCUGGUACACGUUUCUUUCAAAUUGCACAUAGAAUCGAUCAAAAUGAUUUUUUAAUCUAUGCCGAUGAUAUGUACAUGGACAAUGUAUUCUUUGGAAAACUAUGUUUAGGCUAUAAAAAAGAGAAUUCAUUACGUUUAAGUGGCAAAAAUGAUUGUGAAUAUGGUGAUGAAAAUGAUGGUAAAAAAAAUGCAUUGGUUCAUUUAUUGGAAACAGUUCAAUAUGGUUUCACGACAUUCACACAAUUGGCAUUGAUUUCACCGACAAAAGAAAUGGCCAUUCUGAUUAAUCGUAGAGUUUUAACAAAUUUUGAACAUGAUUAUACAUAUCAUACACAUAAAUUGAUAGAUUUUUUUGUUUGCGAUAAAAAUCCUAAUAUUAAACGUUUGGAUGAACCAAUGAAAGAUGAUGAUGAUAAAAGACGUAAAAAACGUAUGGUUAUGAGAAGAUAUUGAGCAGAACAAAAAAACAAAUGAUGAAAAACAGCAGCAACAAGUGAAUGAUUUUGAUUUAAUUUUG